AUGGAUACUAAGACAUUAGCAUACGACUAUGCAAAAGUGAAUAGCGUGCAUGUGCCUGAUAAUUGGCAUACUAAUAAGAAAGCUUCUAAAGAUUGGCUCAUUGGAUUUUUAAAAAAAAAUUCAUCUUUGUCAAUUAGAACUCCACAAGCCACAAGCUUAGGACGGACGACUAGUUUUAACAGACAUAAUGUUUCCGAAUUUUUCACUAAAUUAUCUCGGGUAUAUGAACAAUAUAAAUUUGGUUGUCAAGAUAUCUGGAAUAUAGAUGAAACAGGAGUUACUACAGUGCAACGUCCUGAUAAAAUUAUUGCGUCAAAAGGAAUUAAACAAGUUGGUGCAGCAACAUCUGGUGAAACUGGAAGUUUAGUGACUCUUGUUUACGCUGUAAGUGCUUGCAGAAAUAGUGUACCACCACUUUUGAUAUUUCCACGGAAAUAUUUUAAAGAACACUUUGUAGCUGAUGGACCACCUGGCUGUAUUGGUUCUGCAAAUCCUAGUGGGUGGGUUACUAGCGAAGAAUUUUUAUUAUUCAUCAAACACUUUGUAAAACAUACAAAAUAUUCAAAAGAACAUCCAGUUCUUAUUGUGCUUGAUAACCUUGCGUCACACUUAAGCGUUAAUAUUGUCGUGAAAAUGGUAUUAUUCUUUUGUCAUUUCCCCCUCAUACGUCACACAAACUACAGCCAUAGAUAG